AUGCUGUCGUACUUUGCUAUUCUCGCUUUUUCAUGCUGGAUUCGGCCCGGUGGAGCCCAGGUCGAUGCUGCCUCGCUGAGCACCGUGAAAUCGGCCUUUGAGACGUCGAAAGUGGUCCCAGAUGUCAUUCCCAGUUUUGACCCCACGGCACUCCUGGACGUCGUCUUUGUUGAUCCGUUCACCAAUGACACAGUUCACGUCACUCCCGGAAUGGAAUUGACUGCGAACCGUGAGUUCCGAAUUCUCAUGCCUGCCGCGCGUGGCCUAUGCUGCAGUGCUAACGAGCCCCUCGCAGAAACGGCGAACAAGCCCCAGUUUUUUGUGUCGUUCAGCGACAACUCCGUGGCAGAGCAGACGUUCGUUCUGGCAAUGGUUGACCCCGACGCCCCGACGCCCCAAAAUCGAUCCCUUUCGCAAAUCCGCCAUUUCCUCGCGGGGGACAUCAAAGUCGCCGGUGGCUCGUCCAACCACUCGCAACUGGUAAAUGCCAGCGUGCCUUUGACGGCGUACCUAAACCCCUCGCCGCCCGCCGGCUCUGACGCCCACCGGUACACGAUCCUCCUGUUCCCUCAGCCGGACAAUUUCGACCACACCGCUCUCGACCUCGUCAAUGCGUCCGUCGACGCGUCGAGACUGAGCUUCAAUCUGACCACGUUUGCAAGCAGUGUGGGCAUGGGAAGCCCCUUGGCUGGCACGUUCUUCUUGACAAAGGGGCCAACUGCCGACUCGACGACGAGCGGUACGGCCGCAGCUUCAAACCCCGCGUCUGCCGUCGCACCGUCGGCUUCCGGCGGCACAGGAAAUGGAAAUGCGAAUGGAGCGGGGGCUAGUCGAGAUUUCAACGGCGUUGCGUUGGCGGUAGCGGUCAUUGUGGGCAUCCUUUCUAUUGCGUUUCAUUAG